AUUUAGAUGGUAAUGUGGUUUGGAAAAUAAAGGGCAAUUCCCCAUGUGACACCAAGCCCCACCCCAUCCCAGAAUUAAUGUGUCUGAACCCUCUCGAAAGGUAGAGGAUCCAAAUGGAGCUAGAGAUAACAGAGUCUGAUAUAGGCUGCACUCAUCCACAGUCACACACGCACACCCCUUGCGGUAUUUUCCGGGAUUACGCCACUGUUACCACUUGGGAUCCACAUAGCAGCAGUAGCGGCAGCGAUAUGGCUGAUCAUCACUAGACGGGGCAGUGUUUUUUUUUUAUAAGCGAAAGUAAAGAGCAGUGAUGCAAUAUUACAGCAAAGUAGUUGGAGGAACUUGGCGCAGUGGAUCCAUCCCAGAGUGCUGCCUGGAUUGCCAUACAGAAGUGGAACAAUAGUCUCCUGCAUCAGAAACACUAGCAGGCCUGUGGGCCCCGGUGGUGUGGUUGAGAAGAUGGACAGGAUGAAGAUAAUCAAGCGGAGGCUGUCCAUGUCUCUACGCAGUGCUCGGCCCGUCGACGACUCCCUGUCAGAACUAGCAGAGCAGAUGGCCCUGGAUGAGCCAUCCACAGCCAGGGACAAUGAGCCCAUGGUGGUGUGUGCCGUGCACCCUCCCGCCUCUCAUAGUGCUCCCUCCUUCCUGCGUCAAUAUGCUGGUCAUCUGGGCCGCACCGCCCUGCGCAGAGAGCCGGGUGGGGGCCUGGAAAGAGACAGAGCCUAUCUGGACCUGCACAGGACCGGAUCUCUGGGCAUUGUGCAUGAGAAUGUGAAGAUGGGCUCUGACGGGGAGAGCGACCAGGCAUCCGGGACGUCUUCUGAUGAGGUCCAGAGUCCAGUCAGGGUUCGCAUGAGGAACAAUCAUCGGCGCAUCUCUAAUGAGGACAUAAACAAACGCUUGUCUCUCCCGGCUGAUAUCAGGCUACCAGAGGGCUACUUGGAGAAGUUUGCCAUGAACAGCCCACCCUUUGACAAACCCAUGAGCCGCAGGCUACGGCGUGCCUCGCUGUCUGAAAUCGGUUUUGGGAAACUGGAGACCUACAUCAAACUGGACAAACUAGGGGAGGGCACCUAUGCUACGGUGUUUAAGGGGCGAAGCAAGUUAACAGACAACCUAGUCGCUCUGAAGGAGAUUCGGCUGGAGCAUGAAGAGGGCGCACCCUGCACAGCUAUUCGAGAAGUGUCUCUACUGAAAGACUUGAAGCAUGCCAAUAUUGUCACUCUCCAUGACAUUAUUCACACUGACAAGUGCCUGACACUGGUGUUUGAAUACCUGGAAAAAGACCUGAAGCAGUAUAUGGAUGACUGUGGGAACAUUAUGAGUGUUCACAAUGUCAAGAUCUUUCUGUUCCAGCUGUUGCGAGGUCUGGCAUACUGCCACAGAAGGAAGGUCCUCCACAGAGACCUUAAACCCCAGAACCUUCUCAUCAAUGAAAAGGGAGAGCUCAAACUGGCAGACUUUGGUUUGGCACGAGCCAAGUCUGUCCCCACGAAGACCUACUCGAAUGAAGUUGUGACGUUAUGGUACCGGCCACCAGAUGUGCUUCUAGGCUCCACUGAGUACUCUACACCUAUUGACAUGUGGGGUGUGGGCUGUAUCUUUUAUGAAAUGAUCACGGGUAGACCUCUCUUCCCUGGGUCAACUGUGGAGGAUGAGCUUCACCUCAUAUUCCGCAUCCUUGGUACUCCUACAGAAGAGACUUGGCCCAUUAUCGCUACUAGUGAAGAGUUUAAGACGUACAGUUUCCCUCGAUACCAUGCAGAACCCCUUGUCAACCACGCACCCAGGAUAGACACUGAUGGUCUUGACUUGCUCUCAGUGCUUCUACAGUUUGAUGCUAAGAAGCGUGUAUCGGCCGAGGAUGCUCUCAGACACUCAUAUUUUAAAAGUCUUGGCGAGCAGGUUCAAACACUAGCUGACACUGCAUCCAUCUUUUCUGUGAAAGGCAUUCAGCUCCAGAAAGAUCCAGGAAAGAGAUCCUCAGUCUACCCAGAGUCAAUGAUGGCCCAUAAGCUAGGCUCCGCACCCUUCCAGAGAGAAGCAGACAAUCCCAGGGCUCAGAGUCACAAUCUCUCCUCCACUUCCACUGGCUGAGUGGUCCCUAACAUUCUGCCCAGGGGAAGAGCAGGAGGCAGAGUGUGUUGUUUUAAUGCUGGCAGGGGCGCUGAGGUGAGGAGGACAGGGACACAUGGCAGUGACCUGUCAGAUGUACAUUCAUUGACCCUGCCACAUCCACACUGAAGGAGCGACACACCCUGCUGCAGAAAUGCACACACAUUUAAGAAGAAAACACACAAACAACAAAAUGACAACACAAAACCACAUAUAACUAAGGCUGAAGAAUUUAUACUUGACUGAAAAAAAUAAAGACUCAUUUUAACCCUAAAGACAGAAAGAUUUGAGAAGUGCGUGAUGCUGGAUUAGAAGUGGGAGUGCAAGACUCUCCUUGCUGCUACGACUGCUAGUGUCCAGAAGAGGGCAGCGUUCAGGAUGUGAGCCACCUCAUUUUUCAACAGAACUUGCUGUAUCAGUGAGCUGUGAAGAAGGAAAGACUGAAAGUGGACACGAUUCACGGGCAAAAACAGAAAGAGGAACCCAAUCAGUCUCUCUUGUGCUUUUCCAUUUUGUUUCAGACUGUUGUUGUACAUAGACUGAGCUGUAAAACUGCUUUUUCAUAACAACUCAGCCUGAAUCCAAACUCUGAAUAUUGCACCUCAGCUCUAGACCCUUGCCUAGCCUCUUGGCCCUUUAUCACAUGAUCUUACACAUAUAUAGUAACACUCACUUGAAAGUUAAGAGUAUAAAUCACUGGAGUUUACAGAGUUGAACUUUAGCACCUUAUUGUUCAGUUGAGGUCAGGGUGGCUGUCAUUACAUUACCUCAUCGGUCACUCAAGCAGAAUAGGGUGUAAAGUACAGAGUAGAUAUUAAGAGUGACAAAGAACUGAAGUAGUAAACCAAAAAAGUAAACAACUUACUAACUGUAGGAUGUGUUGGGAACCACUACACUACGAUUAAAACAUUUCACAAACUCAGCGAUUUGUUACAUUCUCACCUGCUGUAAAGAACACUACACUGCAAGAUGCUCCUGUUUCACUACACAAGAAGGAUGUUAUUGAAGGACAGAGGUCAAGGGAGCAUACAAAUCCUAACCUGCUUUUUCUUAGACACCCCUUCCUCUUUUGCCUUGACACAGAAGUUGUCUUGAAUUGUUGUGUGAUGUCCAGGUGUUGAUGUUGAACUGUUCUCUUUGCACCUGAUUUUUACCUCUUUAGAUCACGAGUAAACAUCCAUUCAGCAACCCCGACUUCUCGUGCCCAACCCCCUGUGCAUUUAUUUUGACUGCUUUUUUAAUUUGUAUAUAUGAAUAUACUUUUUACUUUAGCAAAGGCAGUGAUAAUUCCAGGAUGCUGUUCUCAGUCUUUACUGUGUUCCCACUGGAACAGUUGGCAACUGGCUGGGGACAUGUUGCACAUUCCUUGAGCUCAGGACUUAUUGUUAGUUUCAUUGUGUGGAUGCUGUGAGGUACAGUUGGUGCUGUGUCUCCCCCACAGUAGAGCAGAGUGUGUUGACCAUGACCAGAAACCUUUUUGUCUUCUGUAUUAUUCACUCUCUGUUAGUUUGAUCAUAAUGUUGCUGUUUAGACAUUACCUUACCCAUGAUUUUGCUUGUCAUUCCUUCAAUUAUGCUUGUGUAUUAACACACUGAUGUUUUCAGUUAGUAUGUGAAGUAGCUGCUGCUGGAAAUGGAGUACCUCCGUUUAGUUUAAUUUUAGCAUGGGGCAUGACCUUAUUACAUAAUAUUACACCACAUUAACUUGGAAUGGCUCCUAAUGAGUCUGAAGAUUGUACCUUAAAUAGGACGAAGAUUAGGAUAAUGUAGUAUUCAAAAAAGUGGUGUACUGCCAUCAUUGGGACCAAAUAGUGUGACAAAUCUGACAAGGUACACAGUAGAGUAAAAAUGGUUAUGUAGUCAGUUUGCCUGGCCACUGAAGAGUCUGAAUAUUUAGCUGGACUUGAAGCUCUCAGACACACUGUUGUUUCAUGCUGGUAUUUUUCCAGACUGCCAGAAACAACAGGACAAAAGACACUCCUCCAAGCACCAGAUGUUCCAGCACAGAACAGUCAGUUGACAUGUCAACAUGUACUGUAUCUAUGAGCUGACCCAUGAGUGACAGUUUGAGUUUCCUGUUGCUCAGGCACUGCCCUUGGGUCACUUCUUAUUUUUUCUCAAGAUGGCUUCAGAAAGGGUGAAGUGAUCCCAUGCCCGUGCCUGGCAGAAGGACUACUCAUUUACCCAGACUUCGCCAGUAUGUAGCAUGUACAUAGAUCAUCCCUCACACUGUAUGUACAAGUUUAUUUUUUGUUUAGUUUAGGUUUUUUUUUUUGCUUUUCUUUAAUGAAAGUCACAGCAAUAUCUCUGUAAUCAAUAAAAGGCCAAGGUACUAGGAUGAGCAGGCAUUUGUUUAUUUAGAGAGGGGGAGAUGACUGUGAAUUGUCAAACUGUGAGACUUGACUAAACUAAUGACAGGUUGAUUUCAGUUUAUUUUAUCAUCGUUUAACAUGCUGGAUCCAAAAGGCAUAACCCACUGAUAAUUUUGAUUUUUGUCAAUGAAGCCAUAAAAGUCAUAGAAAGGUCUGUUUAUGUGAGAGAGAUGGUUAUUGUGUUCAAGCACAGACCUUAAGGAGCAAAGGGGUGUGUACACCUAAUAAAAAUAAAGUACUGUACAUGUAA